UAGGUUUUUGAACGCCGCUGAGAGCAGCUGCACAUUUUCGAGAUACGGAUACGGUUAGCUUCGUUGCAGCAGCACACCAACCAUCAACAUGGCGGUCUUUGGCAUGGUCUCGGCUGUGUCCGGCUUCAUCAAGAUACGCUAUCUGCUGGACAAGGCGGUCAUCGACAACAUGGUUUUCCGCUGCCACUACAGGAUCACGACGGCCAUUCUGUUCACCUGUUGCAUCAUCGUCACCGCAAACAAUCUGAUCGGCGAUCCCAUAAGUUGCAUCAACGACGGCGCCAUUCCGAUGCACGUGAUCAACACCUUCUGCUGGAUCACCUACACGUACACGAUACCUGGCCAGCAGCAUCGGCAAAUCGGAACGGACGUGGCUGGUCCGGGACUGAUCAAUGAGUACGGCCACGAGAAGCGCUAUCACAGCUACUAUCAAUGGGUGCCAUUCGUGCUAUUCUUCCAGGGGAUCAUGUUCUACGUGCCCCACUGGGUUUGGAAGAACAUGGAAGACGGCAAGAUCCGCAUGAUCACCGAUGGACUGCGCGGCAUGGUCAGUGUGCCGGAUGACUAUCGGCGGGAUCGCCAGGACCGGAUCCUCAAGUACUUCGUGAACAGUUUGAACACCCACAACGGCUACUCGUUCGCAUAUUUUUUCUGCGAACUGCUUAACUUCAUCAACGUGAUUGUGAAUAUCUUUAUGGUGGAUAAGUUUCUGGGCGGUGCUUUCAUGUCCUACGGCACGGAUGUGCUCAAGUUCUCCAACAUGGAUCAGGACAAGCGCUUCGAUCCCAUGAUCGAGAUCUUUCCCCGGCUCACCAAGUGCACGUUCCACAAGUUCGGUCCCAGUGGAUCGGUCCAGAAGCACGACACUCUCUGUGUGCUGGCACUAAAUAUCCUCAACGAGAAGAUCUACAUCUUCAUUUGGUUCUGGUUUAUCAUCUUGGCCACCAUCUCCGGCGUGGCUGUGCUCUAUUCACUGGUGGUUAUCAUGAUGCCCACCACCCGGGAGACCAUCAUCAAGCGUUCUUAUCGCUCGGGACAACGCAAGGAAAUCGCCGGACUCGUCAGGCGUUUGGAGAUUGGUGACUUCCUGAUCUUGCACUUCCUAAGCCAGAACCUCAGCACAAGAUCCUACAGUGACAUGCUGCAGCAGCUCUGCGGUCUGCUAGGAGCAUCCCGAACACCAUCCGCACCAUCGACCCUGGAAAUGAACCCCAUCAGCCAUCCGAUUUAUCCGCCCGUGGAGACCUUCGGCGGCGGCAAGGAGACGGAGACAUGAGCCCGUGGCCAGGGAUUGGCUUCAAAACAAUGAUUUCAAUGAUUUCUCAAUAAUAUUUGUAGGGGGGAGAUAGAGAGAGUUGUGUGUCAUGAGGUUGGACAUUUCCAUUUCUACCACUAAGACUGCAAGAGAACGAAUCAGCAAUUGCACUUUCGGAGAUCCAACUCAGUAAUGUUCUGUGCGAAAUAUAUUUAGCAAAAUUAUAAGGAAACAAUCUUUGAAUUUGGUCCUAGGCAAGCGAAAGACAGGUGCAGUCCUUAUUGACACGAGGUGAGCCGCAGAGUGAGAAGAUACAAAACAAUAAAUCAAAUAAAAA